AUGUAUAAUGGAAUUGGGCUUCCAACAGCUAGGGGAUCGGGUACAAGUGGCUACAUCCAGAGAAACUUAUCUUAUUUGAAGCCAAGACGGUCUGAUUUUCCAUCAGCAACAGCAAUUGGCUCUGAGAGAUAUUUUGAUGAAGAAAAGGCACCGAAAGUCAAAAAGGCAAACGCAGAAUUACUGCAACAUGAAAAACGACGUAAAGUUGAAGUUCAACUGGUUGUUUUUUCAGACGAGUUAAAAUCGAAAGGACUGGAAGAAGAAGAAAUGGAAAAGCUCAUCAAUCUUGAACGGGAGCGAUUGCUGGGUUGCAUGGCAGAGAAAGAAAUUCAUGCAAGAAACAAACAAGACAGAGAAGUGAUUUUAGGACUUGACACCCAUCAGCUUGCCGCCCUCAAGGACUCCGAAAAUAGAAGGUUACGGGAUGCCCUUGAUCUAGACAGGAAGAAGCCGUCGUCUAAACCCCAAAAAAGUGAAUCCUUUUCAGAGAACAAAAAACGUCGUCGAAGGUCACCCUCAUCCGAACGACACAAUAGUCAUAAACAUCGUAGUAGCAGUUUACUGAGUAUCGUGUCACUAAUUUGUUUUUCAGAUAUGCACGUAUUUCAAGAAUUACAACACUUGCAUUCCUUCUUUAGCGAUCGUUCUCGUCGUCGUCGUCGUUUAGCAGAAUUGUAUGAAUCAGUUCAGCAUGCUGGAAACGUUCUUCCACGUCUUUAUCUACUAGUAUGCGUCGGUGCUGCUUGUAUACGAGAGAGAGAAAUAGCCCCGCAUGAGACUUUAGUAGAUCUCAAUGAAUUGUGCAAAGGGGUCCAACAUCCGCUCCGUGGACUCUUUCUGAGAUAUUUUCUUGUUCAAAUGGUGAAAGGCGUUCUUCCUGAUCGCGGAGACUCCGACUAUCCUGACUGGCCUGGUGGCUCCGAGGAAAAUCCUUCUUCUACAGAUACAUCUUUCGAGUUUCUCUUCAAUAAUUGUGUGGAAGCCACGAAAUUAUGGACGCGUGUUCAAUUUCAGCCUCUUAUCGGCGACAAAACGAAGAAGGAAAAUGACCGUCAUUCUUUAAGAGUUUUAGUUGGAGCAAAUCUUGUCUGCAUGGCGCAACUUGAUGGAGUGACUGUCAAUUUCUAUCAGACAUUAGCAUUGCCGAAACUCUUAACUCAUAUCAAUGGAUUGAGAGAUGUCAUGGCACAACAGUAUCUAUUAGAAUGUGUCGUACAAGUGUUUAGCGAUGAAUGUCAUCUGGCGACUCUCAAGGAAUUGAUGGAUGGAAUCAAUGCAGCGAAUUCCUCAGUUGACAUUAAAGUCAUUUUCAGCAAUCUCUUCAGCCGGCUUAAAACCUUUUUAACCUCCGACUCAUUUGGGAAUGAAGAGGAACCGGCUUUAGAGAAAGCUGCAGCGAUUGAAGACAGUCCAAUCAAGAAUGAACAAUUCUCGACCCUCCCGGAACCUUCAGCAGAGUCUCCGUCUGAGGCAGUCCCAGAUCUCCCAGAUGUCCCAAAUGUCCCAGAUGUAUCAAAUGUCCCAGAAGUAUCAAAUGUAGAAGUCUUGAAUCUCCCAUCAUCUCCUCUCUCACGACCCGAUGAAGGAUCCCAAGUUCUUCUCGAGGAAUCCCAGGAUUCUUCAAUUCCUUUUGCUCAACUUCCAAGUUCUCGAAAUUCACGUCCAACUUCUCCAGAUUUUAAACGCGUUAGUGCUGCUUUAUCAGCAUUUACCACAAUUCGUGAAGGUCUGAUGGACUUGAUUCAAAAGGCUUACGAUGAAGAUUUUCGAUCUCCGCCUCCCAAAACUCCAACAAAGCCUGGCAUUGCACGCGAUAUGGUUGCUGCUCUUCUGAAAUCGGAUGAGGAAAUUAGUGACCCUUCCGUGUGUGAUAAACUCUAUUCUCUGCUCCAUCUCGUUAUCGCUUCUCCUAAACCGAAUUCUUCUGCUGAGGCUAAAGAAUGGGUGAACGAGGUGGAAAACACUGCUGCGUUAUGCCAUUUGAUCAAAGAUGACGAUACGGAUCUUCAUUUUUCGAUGUUGCUUUCGGCGAAACAAUCACUUCUCUCUGGCCAUCCAGACACCAUCCACUACACCAUUCCUGCUGUCGUCACAUGCUUAUUGAGCUUGAUUCCUCGUAUUCAAACUCGAUCAGACGGUGCUUCGGAACCUCAAUCGGGUCCUCCUUCACCACAAGCCGCGACACAACACCCUUCCCCACAAAUUUCUCCUCGUAUUGAUCACUCCCAAUCAGCACCACAGUCUAGCGUUGCAACUCCAACACUCCCGAGUGUUUCAGUUAGAAGAGUCUUACAGCAAGUUCAUGGGACUUGUGUGGAUUUAAUCGAGAGCAAUCCUGACCUGGCUUUCCGAUUGCUGCUAUUAGCGGCAGAGGCGACUGCCCAGGCCAAUCAAUCGGCAUCAGAAGACUAUAGAGUCAUUUGUAAUGAAGAGUCACGGUGCGAGAUUUUGCGAGUACUUGAGUGUCUUCAGCGUUGUCUUAAACUCGCUACGGACGCUGUUCAAUUCAAUGUCUUGGACGUGACGUUGUUCGUUGACAUCUUCGAAAAGUAUCUAUUUUACUUUGAAGGUGGUCCCGAUGUCGGUGGAAUCCCUCCCGAAUCGCUCACAAGUCUUUUAGCUUUGUGUAGUGAACAGCUUGCGUUUGCGGAGUCAUCUUCUGCUGCUUCAAGUGAAUCAACACGUGAAACGAUUCUUGCAUCUCAAAGACAUUUAGCAAAUACUGUUGAUUAUAUUCGAACUUGUCGAGAUUCGGACGUCAAUUCAAAAUUUCAUCGUAAGAUUUUAUACAAGAUUAAAUACUUCAUCAAAAUCUUGCAAGACCCUUUUGUUCUUCCAUGA